AUGGCCCAAGGAAAUGGCAAAGAACUCCAGGCUCUGCCCAGAAAACCCCGAAGGAGGGAAAGAAGAGUUACCAAAGUGAGAACAGGGAGCCUGGAGUCCCAGGGAACAGCCUUCGAGAGGGACAGACUCCCAGCCCAGGAGGUGGUGACAUUCAAGGAUGUUGCUGUGGACUUCACGAGGGAGGAGUGGCGCCUCUUGUCCCCUCCCCAGAAGGAGCUGUACAAGGAAGUGAUGCUGGAGAAUACCCAGAACCUGCUCUCUGUGGGGCUUGCAGUUCCCAGAGAAGAUGUGAUCUCUUAUUUGGAGCAAAGGGAAGCCCUGUGGAUGCUAGAGCAAGAAGGCCCGAGGAGCUGUUGUCCAGAAGAAGAGAUCAGACCUGAAAUGAAAGUGACUGCAAAAGAAGUGCGUCUUUCCGUGGAAGAAAAUGAUGACCUAUUAUUCAUGAGUGGUAUUCCCAAUAAACUACCUUGGAGAGAAUUCUGUGAAUCUCAAAAUUCAUUCCUUAUUGAACAUCAGAGAAUGUGCACUGAGCAAAAAUCUAGUGAAUGUAAUCAGUGUGGAAGGACUUUCAUGCACAGGGCCAGUCUUGCUGUACAUCAGACUGUACAUCAGAGACUCCACAGUGGGAAUAAACCUUAUGAAUGCAAGCAUUGCGGAAAGACAUUCAGUCAGAGAUCCAAACUUAAUCAGCAUGACAGAAUCCAUAGUGGGGAGAAAUCGUAUCAAUGCAAACAAUGUGGAAAGACAUUCACUUGUAGCUCUAGUCUUGCUGUACAUCAUAAAAUCUGCAGUAGGGAGAAGCCUUAUGAAUGCAACCAGUGUGAAAAGACAUUCAGAAAGAGAUCCCAACUUCAUCAACAUCAGAGAAUCCACAGUGGUGAGAAGCCUUAUGAAUGCAAGGAAUGUGGGAAAACAUUCAAUUCUAGCUCCAAUCUUGCUGUACACCAGAGAAUCCACAGUGGUUUGAAACCUUAUGAAUGCAACCAAUGUGGAAAGACAUUCAGUUGUAACACCAGUCUUUCUGUACAUCAUAGAGUCCACAGUGGGGAGAAACCUUAUGAAUGCAAGGAGUGUGGAAAGUCAUUCAGUCAGAGCUCCAAACUUAAUCAACACCAGAGAAUCCACAGUGGGUUGAAACCAUAUGAAUGCAAACAAUGUGGGAAAACAUUCAGUUGUAGCUCCAAUCUUACUGUACACCAGAGAAUCCACAGUGGUUUGAAACCUUAUGAAUGCAACCAAUGUGGAAAGACAUUCAGUUGUAGCUCCAGUCUAACUGUACAUCAGAGAACCCACACUGGUGAAAAACCUUAUGAAUGCCAGCAAUGUGGAAAGCCAUUCAGUUCUAGCUCCAAUCUUGCUGUACAUCAGAGAAUUCACAGUGGGGAGAAACCUUAUGAAUGCAAUCAGUGUGGGAAGGCAUUCAGUCGUAGCUGUAGUCUGGCUCUACAUCAGAAAAUCCACAAUGGGGAGAAGCCUUAUGAAUGCAACCAGUGUGGAAAGACAUUCAGUCAGAGAGCCCGUCUUGCUCUACAUCAGAGAAUCCACAGUGGGGAGAAACCUUAUAAAUGCAACCAGUGUGGGAAGACAUUCAGACGGAAAUCUGAUAUUCCUAUACAUCAGAGAAUCCAUACUGGAGUGAAACCUUAUGAAUGCAACCAGUGUGGGAAUACAUUCAGACAAAGCUCUGACCUUGCUGUACAUCAGCGAAUCCAUACUGGGGAGAAACCUUACGAAUGCAAGCAAUGUGGAAAGAAAUUCAGGCGGAGUUGCCAUCUAGCUGGACAUCAGAGAAUCCACAGUGGGGAGAAACCUUAUGAAUGCAAGCAAUGUGGAAAGAUGUUCAGUUUUAGCUCCAGUCUUUCUGUACAUCAGAGAAUCCACAGUGGGGAGAAACCUUAUAAAUGUAAACAAUGUGGAAAGACAUUCAGUCAGAGGUCAUACCUUGAUAAGCAUUACAGGAUCCACACUGGGGAGAAACCUUAUAAAUGUAAACAAUGUGGAAAGACAUUCAGUCAGAGCUCUACUCUUGCUGAACAUCAUACAAUUCACACUGGGGAGAAACGUUAUGAAUGCAAGAAAUGUGGAAAGACAUUUAAUCGGAGCUCCAGACUUGAUCAACAUGAGAGAAUCCAUACUGCAGCAGAACCUUAUUAAUGAAAGAAGUUUCGAACGACACCCAGACACAGCUACU